GGGGUGGGGUGCCAGCCCCGCGGAAGACGAGCACUGGUUUGGCCUCCUCGCGUGCCGUACAAACUCGCUGCUGGGGGACAGGAGGAGGAGGGGUCACUAAAAUGGCGGCUAAGAUGGCAAAGCUAGCAGCUAUCCCUGCUGGUCUGGCAUUUGUGUCUAUUAAUAUAUAUGCUGCAACAGAAGAAGAAUCAAAAGCCCAGUCAGUGAAGCCAAAUCAGCUUCCCAUUUAUUGUGUGCCACCUCUGAAAUCUAGAUACGUUGAAGAAGACCCUGGUCGUUUGCAGGUGGGGUUUUCUACAUUAAGAAAGACAACUAGUCAUUAUGUUGAGUGGUGCAAGGAUGCCUAUGUCUUUGUUAAAAAUGGGAUAAUGGAUUCCAUACAGUUUGGAAAAGAUACGUACGUUUAUCUGAAGAAUCCACCUCCAGAAUUUCUUCCAAAAGUUGCUGUAAUUACAAUUUCAGGUUUAACUGGUUUAGUUCUGGCAAGAAAAGGUUCUAGAGUUAAGAAAACUGCUUACCCGCUGGGGCUUGCCACUUUAGCAGUAUCCGUUUGUUACCCAGCUCAGUCAGUAGUACUUGCUAAGAUAACAGGGAAAAAAGUAUAUGUUACAAGCCAUCAAACCUAUGAAGCAAUAGGAUCACUAUGGACAAAAAACUCCUCUAUGAAAGAAGUGCUACUCACACAGAAAGAAGAUACCAAGCCUGGUUCACACCUGCAACAAGUUCCAGAACCAGCUGUAAGAGACGAUAAAAGUGCAGAGAUUCAUAAAACAACCCCUGAAUCUGAGGUGAAGUCAAAACCACUUGCUGUAACAGAUUCUCCUGUAAAGAAGAUUCAGAGUUCGAAAGAUCUGGUGCCUUUGCCAGCAGAAAUAAAAGUGCCAAAUGUCAUCUCAGGUUAACAGUAGGCACACUCCAACCUCUGAGUCCUCCGAGCAUCUACCUGGCGUGCCCAUCCCCUGACCCAGUGGACACUUACAGAAUUCCCAGAUCCUCUGCUACCGAAAGGAACAGUACACUCAGCUUAACAGUUAUACCCUAUCACAGCUCCGCUUAACACACAGCACUUAGAUAUGUUUAUAGUAAAAACAAGACGUUUAUUUAACAAAGAGCAAAGAUUCAAGUGAUAGCAAGUAGCAUUAUUGGAGAGAAAUGGUUACAUAUAAAACAAAAUCCUAACACGCAUUCUAGAACCUAGAUUUAAUUAACAAAACACACCCUUGUCAAAUCAAGUUUAGGUCACCCUAAAGUCUUUUCAGCCAGACUUGGUUGUGAUCCUUUUUUCAUGAAGCAAAUACACUGUCAGCCUAGGUGAAGCAUAAUAGGGUGUACCUCUGCACCCCUAGACAUGUCCAGUGAUCCAUUGUCUUCACUUGUAAACAGGGUAUCCCCUGCUGCUUAUUUUUUCCUGUCUAGCAUCUCCCCUGGAGACUUUUCUUCCCUUGAUCAGACUGCAAAUAGGCUUUCAUUGUGAAGUAUACAAUACUCAAUCCUAUAAAGCCGGACAGGUAGAUAAGCAUCUCUGCCUGAAAGAAACUUAUUUAUCGCCUUCUGGUGACCAGCUCCAACUCGCAUACCUAAGAGCAUAACUUUGCUUGUGUAUAUAUGCUUAUAUAUACAUAAGUCUUUACAUGUUAUCUGUACGUACAUUCCAUAGUGAUUACAGUGGUCAAUGUGACAUAAGCUUUCAGUAGAGAUUUUACAUGACUCCCUUUGAUGAACUGUUAUGUAGAGAUUUGGAACCAUGGGAUCUAUGUACUCCUGUGCACCCCUGUGCCCUCUGUUAGUUGGCACCAGGAGGUCCCUGGGUGACAUCCCCUGCUAUACAACCUUUAACAUAUGAAUCCUUUUUUUAAUCCCGUUGCUCCCUUAUUUUUUCUUUUUUAGUUUGUGGAAUUAUUGGGUCUCUUUAUACAUAACUUUCUCAGUCCCUUCAGCCCCCACUUCUCCUUUCAUAUUAAACAUAAAUACUUAUAGAAGGUAAAAUAAAGUUUUUCCUAUUUGUCACCAUAUUUCCAGGUGGAAGCCGUUCCGUGUCCCCAGUGGAGCCAACAGAUUUCUAUCUUUUUGGCUCAGAGGGGCUGGAUGGGGUUCCCUCCCCUUAAACUCUACACAUUGUUUGGGAGAGUCACUUCAUACAAGGCAUUCCCUUUGCCUCACCUCCCUGUACUGUGUGUGUUGCCUCCACAUUUUAAUAAACAUAUGAAAUCACCAAUAAAUAAUCCCAGUGGGGUCCCAAUAAAGUCAAAUGGUGUGAAUUUAUUUGCACUAAUUUAGGCCCAGAUAAUCCAUCUGUGAUCUAGCUCAUAGUAUGGUGCAGUGAGUUCAGCUUGCCCCCUGGACCAGCUGUGAGGGAGAUAGUGACUCAGUCACUAUCUGCUUCUCUGUCUCCCCACUGCUCUGGAAAGGUACUAAACUGUGAUCCUGUCACUGCAUACUCUGCACAGUGUGCUGAUCUAACUGUGCUGCUGGGGGGAGAGUCAAGGUUCUGCCUGCUUCCCAGUUUCUCAUUUAUUACUUCCCACCUGCAGGAGGGAGGGAUGUAGCAGCUCUGCAGAGCCUACUGACCCAGGAAGCAACAGUAUGGUGUAAAGGAGAGCCUUACGCACUACCCCCUUCUCCCUUGUGCCAGUGCUCAGGGCAUGCCAUGAUCAGGCUUUUAAUAGAUUACUUUUUAAUUGUGAAAACAAUUUAGUGAUGAGUUUGUGAGAGGUUGUAGAUCUUUCAAAUGUUUUUCUUACUUCAUGCGACUUUUCACUGCGCGGCAACAACUUCCCUGCACUAUUCCCACCAAUGUAAUUUACAGUUAAUUUAUAACCGUAGAGUACUUUAUUAUAAUGCUUGAAUUUUCACACUAUCAGUAUGUAUAACUUCUGUCAUUCUGAAUAAGCAUUAGCUUUUUUAAAAAAAAGCUUUUAUGCCUUUAUUAU